UUUAGGACAAUUCUCUCUCUCUCAACCCCACCAACCCUCUCACUCAAAAGUGUCUUACCCCAAGCUCCUUUAAGUUCACUGUUCUGCUUUUUUUCUUUUGCUUUGAUGAGCUCCAGUAAAACUUUGAUCUUUUUCCUUUUUCUGUUUUGGAUAAUUAGUUAUCUUUUGUCACUAAUGACUAAAAGCUGCUAUUCUAUUAGAAUAAUCAAACUUCUUCAUAUCUCAAUGUUUAUUAGUCUCAAUAAAAGAUCACCUGGAUUUUUGCCUACCUAACCCAGACACCUUACUUUGGUGGUACCAUUUGUGGGUCUCCUUUUGUUCUCUAAAAAAUUAGUACAGUUUGUUCCUUUAAGUUAUAUCCAUGUUUUGCUUCAGGGUGUUGUUUCAGUUUUCACUGCUUUGUUUCUGUUGUCUUUUUCUUGCUUUGAUGGUUGGCUGAGAGAGAUGGAAUAUUUUGGAGAUUGAAUUCCAGUUUCUUUGGAAGUAAAAAUGGGGUUGCAAUUGACUGUCCUGGUGAUGAAAGUAUGUAUAACUCUCAGCGCUAUGUCAGUUGAUGGAUCAUCAGUAAGAGUUUCAUGGCCACCAAGAGGACUGCCAACAGAAACACCAACUGUUCAUCCUAUAGGGCCAGGUCAACCACCAUUGAUACAACCAGACCCAGCCCCCUCUCUGACACGAACUCCUCCCAGCUCUGGCAGGACAAGAAAUGGAGAGCUGGCUGCUGCCCCUUCUAGCAAAGUAUCCCAUCAUUCAUCUUCCAUCAAUCACUCUCCAACUAAAGCCCUCCAUCCACAACCUGUCUUGAAGCCUCCAAGUAUUGCAGUUGCACCUUCUGCAUCAUCUUUUGGAUCCCCUGCAAGGGAUUGGAUGCACGGUCCUGCAUCCUCCCCUUCACUCUCGUUUUAUAAGCAUGAUUAUGCAAUGAAUGGAUUCGGCGACUCUGCUCCUGAACCCUCUUAUUUGAUUCAUCAACCUGCUGACAGCCAACAAGUUCCCGCAGUCUCCCCUUCUCAAUAUUCCAUUCCCAGCUGGGUUUCACCUGCACCUGCUCUAUCACCUACUGAUCCAUCAAGGCACUUUAAUAUGCCCACUCUUCAACCUGCAAUUUCUCCUGUUGGUUCUUCCCUGGAGAACACAAAGGGUUCACCAGCACCGGUGGUUAUGGCACUACCACCUCCACCUCCUAAUAAAGAUUGUACAUCAAUGGCAUGCACCGAGCCCCUAACAUAUACACCUUCUGGGUCCCCUUGUGGUUGUGUCUGGCCAAUUCAAGUUAAGCUCCGCCUUGGUGUUGCCAUAUACACAUUUUUUCCUUUGGUUUCAGAACUGGCUCAGGAGAUUGCUGCUAGUGUAAGACUAAACCACAGCCAAGUUCGGAUUAUGGGAGCAAAUGCAGCUAGUCAGGAGCUAGAGAAAAGUACCGUCCUCAUUAACCUGGUACCAUGGGAAGUAAAAUUUGACUCUUCAACUUCAUUAUUAGUCUAUAAGAAAUUUUGGAACAGACAUGUCUUCAUAAAGCCUUCCCUUUUUGGUUCCUAUGAAGUGGUAUAUGUUCACUAUCCAGGUCUUCCAGCCUCCCCACCUGCAGCAAGUUCCAGUGCUUCUGCUAUAGAUGAUGGGCCAUACUCUGGCCAUGACAAUCAUGGAGAAGCAAUAAAACCUUUAGGAGUUGAUGUGCCUAGGAAGAAGACAGAUGGCAUAAGACAAAGCCUGAUAGCUGUGAUUAUUUUGUCAUGUUUUUCAGCCUUUGUUGUAUGCCUGGGGAUCAUUUGGCUGAUUCUCUUGAAAUAUGGAGCUUGUGUUAAAGAACGAGAACAUUUACCUCAAGCUAUAAACUCAUCUCCAGAAAAACCAUCAGGGGCUGGGGCUAUGAUGCAAGGAAGCACGUCCAGUGCUGCAUCAAUGUCCAUUGGUUCUAAAGGGUUGACAUAUACAGGAUUGGCAAAGAACUUCACUUUAAAUGAUAUAGAAAGAGCUACCAAUAGCUUUGAUGCUUCACGGGUGAUUGGGGAAGGAGGUUUUGGCGUUGUCUACAGAGGUAUAUUAGAUGAUGGAGCUCCAGUGGCUGUGAAAGCUCUGAAGAGGGAGGAUAAACGUGGAGGACAAGAAUUCUUGGCAGAAGUGGAGAUGCUUAGCCGCCUGCACCACAGAAAUCUUGUUAAACUGAUUGGUAUUUGCACGGAGGACAAUAUACGCUGUCUUGUGUAUGAACUUGUUCCAAAUGGAAGUCUUGAAUCCCAUUUACAUGGAGUUGACAAGGAAACUGGUCCACUUGACUGGGGUGCUCGAAUGAAGAUUGCUCUUGGUGCAGCUCGAGGCUUAGCUUAUUUACAUGAAGACUCCAGCCCCCGGGUUAUACAUCGGGACUUCAAGUCCAGCAACAUCUUGCUAGAACAUGAUUUUACACCUAAGGUUUCAGAUUUUGGAUUGGCGAGAACAGCAUUGGAUGAAGGGAACAAAUACAUCUCAACACAUGUAAUGGGAACAUUUGGUUACUUGGCUCCAGAGUACGCAAUGACUGGUCACCUUCUUGUCAAAAGUGAUGUCUAUAGCUAUGGUGUGGUCCUACUUGAGCUCUUAACAGGGAGGAAGCCUGUGGACUUGUCGCAGCCUCCAGGUCAAGAGAAUCUUGUUGCAUGGGCUCGUCCACUCCUCACAGCCACGGAAGGUUUAGAAACGGUCAUUGAUCCAGCCAUAAAAUCUGAUGUCUCAUUUGAUAGCAUUGCCAAGGUAGCAGCAAUUGCAUCAAUGUGCGUGCAACCUGAAGUAUCUCAUCGUCCUUUUAUGGGUGAAGUUGUCCAAGCAUUAAAACUUGUGUGUAAUGAAUUUGAUGAGAAAAAGGAGGUAGAAUCGAAAGUUUGCGUUCAGGAGGACUUUCCUACCACUGUAGAUAGUUUGGUUAGUAGACUUUCGAGUGAGCUUGUGGAAGCUUCAGACACCUAUCACCAAGUACCUGGCUGUGAUUUUAGUCGUGGGAGCAACAUAGCGCUGUCAGCAUCAGAUUUUUUAAGUAUCCCAAUGGGACUUGAGGAGCAGGAACCCGGGUCCUUUAGGAGGCACUCAUGUUCUGGCCCUGUAGGAACAGGAAGGAGAAGCCAUUUCUGGCAGAGAAUAAGAAGUUUAUCAAGAGGCAGCCGAAGUGAGCACGGAUUUUCUGUCAAAUUUUGGCCAGGGUCUCGUUAAAAUUUUGCUAAAACCCUUGUCAUUAAAGUUCUAGUACCUUCGAUCAGAAAUUGGAGUUGGUUUUCUAAAACAAGAACUGGGAAAUUUACUGAAUGUGGACUGAUGCUUAAUGCUAUCACAUGCACCACAUGGAAAGUUCAAAAAAAUUUUCUUGCUAUGAAAUAUGUCAAUUAUGUUUUUUAUCAAUGCUAGGAAUACCAAUGAUAUUGGCAUACGAUGAACCAAAUAUGACAUCAAUUCAGAGGCUUAAGGCGUGACUUUGUUGAA